AUGUCAAACAUCGCUACUCUCCAGAAUCAUCCCACUCCAAACCCCCCUCCACCAUCAUCGGACCCCGCCAUUUAUCAAGCUCACCAUGACGCAUUCGCGGCAGAGGGGCAACCCACUACCACCGCCGGAUGGCUGGAGCGGGCUCAAAAAGUAGCCGAGAUCUAUGCCCCGGAUGCUGGAGCCAGAAGCAAGGAGCAGAAGAUCCCGCGAGCUGAGAUUGCCCUGCUCAAGAGCUCGGGACUGCUCAAGGUCUUGGGUGAUGUCAAAUAUGGUGGCGGUGGUCAGAACUGGGAAACGGGAUACAAGGUCAUCCGAGAAGUUGCCGCUGGUGACGGAUCCAUUGGUAUGCUCCUGGGAUACCACUUACUGUGGUCAACCACUGCACGCAUCGUCGGAACACCAGAGCAACAGGAACGAGUUGAGAAGCUUAUCAUCGAAAAUAACCACUUUGUGGGAGGUGCUGUAAACCCUCGCGACAAUGACAGCCGUGUCACUCGUGCACCAUCAGGAGACGGCCUCGUUUUCACUGGUUUCAAGAACUUCAACACAGGUGGAGUGAUUUCGGAUCUUACAGUACUGGAAGGUGUCUACGAGGAUACCGAGGGCCACAUCUUUGCGAUCGUGCCAACCAACCAGCCAGGAAUCAUCUUCUCUCACAACUGGAACAACAUCGGCCUGCGUCUCACCGAGUCUGGCUCUGUUAAGAUCGAUCAAGUCCCUAUCGCUUGGGAAGAUGCGCUGGGAUGGUCUGCAGAGACAAAGGCACCAAUUCCUGAAGUCCUCCAGGUGCCAUUCGCGUCUCUUCUCUUGCCCAGUAUCCAGCUAGUCUUCGCCAACUUCUACAUUGGCAUUGCCCACGGUGCUCUCCGGACAGCUCGUCACUACACCAGAACUCAGACACGCCCGUGGCCAUUCACCCAUGACCCCAAGCAGAGUGCGACCGACGAACAUUAUGUUCUUGCUCGCUAUGGAAGAUUCCUUGCCUCUCUUCGCGCUGCCGACACCCUUGCUGACCGGGCCGGAAAGGAGAUUACCGAUGCGUUCCACGAGCACGGUAGUAAGAGGGAUAUCACCGCCCGUCAACGUGGAGAGGUGGCCGAAUGGGUUGCCAGCGUUAAGGUGACUGCAACGCAUACUGCUUUGGAAGUGACUGCAGGCGUAUUCGAAGUCACCGGUGCCAGAUCCACAGCAGAGAAGUAUGGAUUCGAUCGCUUCUGGAGAGACGUUCGAACACACACUCUGCAUGAUCCAGUAGCCUACAAGGAGUCGGAGUUGGGUAGAUUCUUCUUGCUGGAUGAGGUCCCAACCCCGACAUGGUACACUUGA